CUGGUUCUAUACACUAUUUAGCGUAGCCCUAAGGAAUCGCAUGCGAAAUAAUAUAAAGACCUAUAAAGACCCUGUCUAUUUAUUUUAUUUUUGCUGCUGAAAAAUGACAAAGGCUUAUGGCUGGUUUUUCCAGAUUAGACAAAUUGAGGCCAAGACAACAGACGAAGGUCCAGCAGAUUGACAAUCGGUUGUUAUUAUGAGUAGUACUAUAUACUCUCACCUAAGGCGAUCACACUAAAUUAUUUACUUGCCUGUUGGAGACGUAAAAUAUACUUCUCGAAAUAAUGUUGACAUAGACAAGGUUAGUAGGCUUCUUGAAAGCACCCGAUUUGUUCUCUCUUGUUUCUUUUCAAUGGCGGUUUCUUUCGCUUGAGUAAUUUGGUAUAAUUAUAUAUUGUUUUUGUCAUCCGGGACAGCUGUCUUACAGUCCAGAAAAUUACCGCUUUUGUUCAAGGUGUUUUAUUUUUGUUUGAAUGGAUGCUCGUUGCCCGAUAACCAUACGACAACCAUAUUAAACAGCGUCGCUACGGUCUAAAUAUGGGUUGCACAACCAGCAAAAGUGGUAUCACAAUUUCAAACACUUUUGGAGAAGGAGGGAAGAAAGAAACAAGUGAUGCGGGGGGCCUGCUCAUCGGACACACGGAUGUGUUGUCGAGGACAGAGGAGCAAAGAGGACAAAUGGAGGCCCCAGGCACAACAGAGUUUCUCCCGGACAUCAUGGAUCCUAGGCUGGUGCAGAAGACAAUUCGUAUAUUUCUGAGUUCAACUUUUACCGACACGCGAGUGGACAGAAACAAGCUUAUGGAAGAAGUGUUUGAGCCCAUCAGAGAUCUUUGUCAGCAGCACGGAAUUGCAUUUGAGGUUGUGGACUUGCGCUGGGGUGUGCGUCAAGAAUCAGUGGACGAUCAUCGAGUUGUGAACAUUUGUAUGGAAGAGAUAAAACGUUGCCAGGAAACUUCACUUGGUAUCGCUUUCAUUGCCAUAUUAGGAGACAAAUACGGUUGGAGACCGCUGCCCCCGUCAGUCAGCGCUGACGAGUUUGAAUCUCUUCUCCAGUUGAUUGACCAAUCAGACCGUGAGUUAAUUACCGCUUGGUAUCUCCGCGACGAUAACUCCGUUCCGCCGUGCUAUCUCCUGCAGCCGAUCUCGAGCCAGUUUCCCGGCAUCAAAUCAGCCGAUAAAGACGAGAUCUCUAAGGCUUGGGAGGACUGGGGUAAAGUAGAGAAGUGUAUAUGGACUCUGCUGCGAUCAGCGGCAGAGAAGGCCGAUCUGGAGGAGAAUGAAAAGCAGAAGUACACGGUAUCUGUCACUCAGAGCGAGGUAGAAACAGCCGUCGUGUUGGAUCCGGAGGCCAGUCAGCGUUCUCUCAUUAUUGACCGCAGGUUUGAUCACAUUAAUGGAAAGGAUAAGGCCGCCAGAAAUUUCGUUAACUUGAAGGAAGAUGGCGACAUAGACUCAGAAUGCGUUCAGCUGUUGUCAGAACUGAAGGAACAUCGAAUUCCAGCCUCACUGGAAGUUGGACGCAUACUAAAGUUCACUAACUUGCGUUGGCAUCACGAAGGAAUUCAAAACGAUGAACACGAGCAAUACAUUACAGAAAUGUGUGGCCGAGUCAAAGAACUCCUUACAUCUCGCAUUAACGAAAUCUUGCACAACCUCGGUCCUCCAAAUCCCCUGAUGGAAGAAGUCACGCGUCACGCUCUCUUUUGUCGUGACCACACUCAUUCGUUUCAGGGCCGAGAAGAUAUUUUGCAGGCUAUCCAGCAUUACGGGGCUGGACCCGAUCCCGUGAUGCCGUUAGUGAUUUACGGUGAAUCUGGAGUUGGCAAGACGUCACUGAUGGCAAAGGUUGUCAUGGAGAUACAAGAAAAGAGCAAGGACGGAAAUCUCGCUAUAAUGUAUCGGUUCUGUGGAACCACUCCAGAUUCGUCCACAGGUCGAGCACUAACUGAGAGCUUUUGUAAACAACUCAAACAUGUGUAUGGAAUUGCCGACGAGGUUCCCGAAGAUUACAAAAGCUUGUGCGAGGUGUUUCCCUCAUUUAUGGCACACGCUUCCAGGGAACGACCGCUGUGUAUAGUGAUUGACUCCCUGGAUCAGUUGACGGACGAGGACGGCGCAAGGCGCUUCUUAAAAUGGCUUCCACGUAAACUGCCUGCGCAUGCCUGUAUGAUAGUGUCAACUCUCCCUGAGGAAGGUGGGUGUAUGCAGCGUUUAAAGACAUUUGGAAUCUCAGCCGAACAGUUCUUGCAGGUGACGCGGCUCGACAUGCAUGAUGGUCCUGCUAUCCUAGAUGCUUGGCUUGGAUCAGUCAACAGAAAGCUGACCCUGGAACAGAGAGAGCUUGUUUUAGAGGCUUUUAACCGCUGUCCAUUACCUUUGUACCUGCAUUUGCUCUUUGACAAAUGUCGUUCUUGGCCUUCAUACAAGUAA